AUGAAAACUUCCGCUACGAGGUUUGUAUUUAAUUAUGAUUGUACAUUGUUAAAAGAGAAAGUACCACGUCUUCAAGAGUUUAUUUUCGAAGCAUUAGAUAUGUUUGAAUAUAGAGAAUUUGAUGAUAUAAUCAAAAAUUUGUAUCAUUUAAAAUAUUUAUCAUUCAACUAUGAAAGCACAAACAACAAUGAUGACCUUAACGGUUACUCGCAGGAACGAACAUUAUUACCAUUAAAAUCAUUGAACAGAUUAGAUAUGUUAAUCAAGGUAUUUGAAUAUGCUCUUCCCAAUGGGGUAGAAGUUUUAGAAUUGAAUCGCGUAUAUGGUAUUGGUUAUACAUACUGGAAAGGUGCACUCGACGAUGGGAAAGAUCGUGGUGGGCUACCAUACUAUUGUCCUGUUGGAUGGGAAAGGCAUUCUCUUUGGGUUACUGAAAACUUUGAGAAGAAGUUCAAUGGUUGGUGCAUAUGUUAUCAUGGCACAAAAUUUUUAUGUGGCUUAUCUAUUCUACUGAGCGGAUUGAAAAAAGUAACGAGGAAUGAACACGGCUCCGGAAUCUGCUCGUCAAUUAUUUAUGUAUCUCACCCAAGAUAUGCUGAAAUUAAGCAAGUUGAAAGCCCAGGUCGCAGGAAGUUUUUUAAAUCGAGUCAAUUUGUACAAUUUGUAUUAGAAUGCCGUGUUCAUCCAGAUAGCAUUUGGAAAAAAGCUGCGGAAACAUUGAAGAGCAAGGACACAGUUAUCGAUCCUAACAUACCCAAUAACAAUAUUGAAUGGAUUAUUGGUAGCCAAAAUACAAAUCUAAUCGAUUUUAAUGAUAAAGAUGCAUUGAUUAUUUGUACAGGAUUGAUGAUACGGGUUACAGAUGUUCAUCCGGGACAUUUAUCUGAAUCAAAAUGGUGGUGUAACUCUCAUUUAUGUGAUGAGCAAAAAUGUUGUGCCUUAGGUAUUGAUCGUCAUUCUCUUCCAGAACAAAAUCAAAGUGACAAUAUACAUCAACUGCAACCGAACGAGUUUCGAGCUGGGAUUACUCAUCGAUUUUUGACCGAGCUCAAGCGAUUUAUUCGUGAGUCUCUGUAG